CUGGAUAUACACGGGACAGUAUACAGCACCUAUAGAGUGACCUGGAUAUACAGGGGGCCAUAUACAGCACCUAUGGACUUUGACCACCACCUAUAGGGUGAACUGGAUAUAUGAAGACCACAUCUGCUUGCUGGAGCCUAUAGACUCUCCAUGUGUCACCUAUAGAUACUCAUCUGCCACAGUCUCCGCUUGUUGCUGCCUGGAUAGAUAUAUAUGGACCUCUGCAAACAUCAACUGGAGCAUAUAGAGCAACCCUUUAUAGACAAACAGCUGCUGGGAUGUAAAUAGAACCUGUCGCCUAUAGAUUCAUACGUUUUCGCCUGCUGCUGCCUGGAUAUAUUUAUCUGAAAUCAACAACUGGAGCAUAUAGUGUCCCCUAUAUACACGGCUGCUGGAUUAUAAAUAGACCCUGUGACCUAUAGAUCCAUAGUCUUCAUCUGCUGCUGCCUGGAUAUAUUGAAGACCAUCAACUGGAGCAUAUAGAGCGUCACAUACAGAGAGAUCUCUCAACUGCUGGAACAUAUAGACCUCUGCUGCCUAUAGAUCCAUAGUCUCCACCUGCGACUUCCUGGAUAUUAAGUGACCAUCAACUGAAGCAUAUAGUGUGUCACAUAUAGAUAUACGCCAACGUGCACCUUCAGGUGCUGAAGACCCUUUCACCUAUAGGUCCCCACUCUUCAAUUGCAGCUGCUUGGAUUUAAAGGGACUUUUGAAACCAUCAACCGGAGCAUAUAGAGUCUGCCUGUCAACUGUAGAACAUCCAUGAUCCUGCCUGACAGUAUGAGGCUCCAUCUGCCGAGACCGCUGCCUUCUCCGAGACCGGUGUGACUGAGGUCCAGGAGCGAGACCCCCACCCCUGACACUGGAGCAGCUGGGAGACCCAUUUCCUCACCACAAACUGCAGAACGUGGAUCUUAUAUGAAGACUUUGUGUGGACAGUAAUGAGCGCACGUUUCCGAUUGCCUGCCGGCAGAACCUACAAUGUGCGCGCAUCGGAGCAGGCCCGAGACAGACAGAGCACAGAGGUGGUGUGCAGCGUUCUCCUUCUGGAUAACAGUGUGCAAGCUUUCCGUGUAAAUAAGCACGACCAUGGACAAGUGCUGCUAGAUUCAGUCUUCAGGUUCCUGGAUCUGACCGAGCGGGACUAUUUUGGACUACAGUUGGCCGACGAUUCCUGCGAUAACCCGAGGUGGCUGGACCGGAAUAAACCAAUCAGGAAGCAGCUGAAAAGGGGAUCUCCGCACAGCCUGAGCUUUAGAGUCAAGUUUUUUGUCUCUGACCUGAGCAAGUUACAGGAGGAAUACACAAGGUAUCAGUACUUCCUGCAGAUAAAACAGGACAUUCUGACUGGGAGGCUGCCCUGCCCUUACAAUACUGCCGCCCUGCUGGCCUCUUACGCCGUCCAGUCUGAGAUCGGAGAUUACAGUCACUCGGAGCACUUGCCUGGUUACCUUGUCGACUUGACAUUCAUCCCCAACCAGCCGCUGGACUUUGAGAAGGAGAUUGCUAAACUGCAUCAGCAGCACAGAGGCCUGUCUCCAGCAGAGGCGGAAUUCAGUUAUCUAAACACUGCUCGCACUUUAGAGCUGUAUGGUGUGGAGCUGCACUACGCACGGGAUCAAAGUAACAAUGAAAUCUUAAUUGGCGUUAUGUCGGGUGGCAUUGUCAUUUAUAAAAACGGGGUGCGGAUUAAUACUUUUCCAUGGUUGAAGAUUGUAAAAAUUUCCUUCAAAUGUAAACAGUUUUUCAUUCAGCUCCGGAGAGAACUGAAUGAAUAUCGAGAGACGGUGCUGGGAUUUAAUAUGGUGAAUUACCGAGCCUGCAAGAAUGUCUGGAAGACGUGCGUAGAGCAUCACACCUUCUUUCGGCUCGACUCUCCACUGCCGCCACACAAAAACUUCUUUGCCCAUUAUUUUACAUUGGGUUCCCGCUUUCGGUACUGUGGGAGGACGGAGGUGCAGUCCGUGCAGUAUGGGAAGGAGAAGGCCAAUAAGGACCGAGUGUUUGCCAGGUCUCCCAGUAAACCAUUGUCACGUAAACUGGUCAGCGAUAUGGACUGGGAGGUGGUAAGCAGGAAUUCCCUGUCCAAUGAGAGGCUGGAGACCCAGAGCCUGCCGUCCCGCUCGCCUCCUGGAAGCCCCAAUCAGUUUUUCCAUUGUAGCCGGAACGCCACGUUCACUCAGGAAGGCGCGCGGCUUCGGCCAUCGUCAGUCGGGCACCUGGUAGACCACAUAGUCCACACUUCUCCGGGCGAAGUCUUCACAAACCACAGGUCGCCAUCCUCCACACAGGCCAACAGCAUCAUCCUGGACUCUCCGCAAUCACAAGACACCUCCUUGGAGGCCCCCCCACCUGCGCUGCCCCCAAAACAGUCUAAGAAGAACAGCCAAAUCUACCAGUCGCAGGAGCUGGACAACCACGUCAGCGAGGGCUGGUCUCCCGAGAGAUCCACACCCAACGGCUUUGUGCCCCACGACAAUCUGGUUCUGAUUAGAAUGAGACCAGAUGAGAACGGGCGCUUUGGAUUUAAUGUUAAGGGCGGCUAUGAUCAGAAGAUGCCGGUCAUCGUGUCCCGCGUGGCUCCAGGAACCUCUGCCGAUCUGUGUGUCCCCCGUCUUAAUGAAGGGGAUCAGGUUGUACUGAUCAAUGGCCGGGACAUAUCGGAGCACACGCACGAUCAAGUUGUCAUGUUCAUUAAGGCGAGCUGUGAGAGGCAUUCUAGGGAGCUGGUGCUACUGGUGCGACCGAAUGCCGUCUAUGACAUCGUAGAAGAAAGGAUGGAGAAUGAGCCGGAUUUUCAGUACAUCCCCGAGAAGACUCCUAUAGACCGUGUCCACUCGGAGGACGACGCUUUGAGAGAGUCCAUGAUCCAGCUGGCGGAGGGUCUGCUCAAUGGCACGGUCCUGGCGCAGUUCGAUCAACUGUACAGGAAGAAGCCGGGGAUGACCAUGUCUUGUGCCAAAUUACCUCAGAAUAUUUCCAAAAAUCGAUACAGAGACAUUUCACCUUAUGAUGCUACACGGGUCAUAUUACACGGGGGCGACGAUUACAUCAACGCAAAUUACAUCAAUAUGGAGAUACCGUCCUCCAGCAUAAUCAACCGGUACAUCGCCUGCCAGGGGCCGCUGCCAAAUACCUGUCCAGACUUCUGGCAGAUGACCUGGGAGCAGGGCUCGUCCAUGGUGGUCAUGCUCACUACGCAGGUGGAGCGGGGGAAGGUAAAGUGCCACCAGUACUGGCCGGAGCCCUCGGUCAGCUCAGAAUUUGGGAAUUUCAGAGUCGCCUGCCAUUCAGAGGAGGGGAACCCUGCAUAUGUUUUCCGAGAGAUGACGCUGACUAACCUGGAGAAGGAUGAAAGUCGCCCGCUCACCCAGAUCCAGUACACGGCGUGGCCCGACCACGGGGUCCCAGACGACUCCAGCGACUUCCUGGAUUUUGUGUGUCUUGUGAGGCAGAAGAGGUUUAACCACGAGCAGCCGGUGGUCGUUCACUGCAGCGCUGGGAUCGGUCGGACGGGUGUGCUUAUCACCAUGGAGACAGCGAUGUGUCUGAUGGAGUGUAACCAGGCCGUGUACCCACUGGACAUUGUACGGACGAUGAGAGAUCAGCGCGCCAUGAUGAUCCAGACUCCGAGUCAGUACAGAUUUGUGUGUGAAGCGAUCCUGAAGGUCUACGAGGAGGGGAUGGUAAAACCUUCAUCACUUCAUUAACGGAAGGAGCCGGCCGUCAGCAGGGGCGCGCGCUGACCAUUCGCCUGCACGCCCCAGGAUCCGACCACACAGAAGGACUGAGGAGGACAAAUCAGCACUGCUGCACUUUAUAAUAAUCGAUUUGUGAAGUCGACAUUUCUCCCGCAUCAGAGACGCCAUGGGUUUUGUUUCUUUAGAAAACUGAUUCUCCGACCGCUUCGCUUGGAAACGAAUAGAUGAGAUUUUUAUUUAUGUGACGUUGCUUUGUGCACUACAGCGCCCCUCCUCUGUACAUUCACUGCCAGAGAUCCCUACGCCCUAUUCAUUACACCCACACGGCCGCAGCUCCCGGAUCAUACCGUCACCCCCCCUCACAAUCUACACCGAACCCCGUCCACCCCCCAGGACCAAUCACUGGAGUUAUCGGCGCAAACGUCAUCCGGUACACUGAACUGGAACUGAGCCGCCACCGGGCACCCUCCAUGAACUAGCACCAGCCGCCUGCCGCUGAUCAGCUGGUGCAGGCGCCGCUCAUCAUUGUCAGCGAUAAUUGUGAAAUGUUAGUGUACUCAGACCCAUUCUAGGGGUAUGUCCUAGAGCAGUGGUCCCCUACCCAGAGCUUUCCAGCUGUCGCUAAACCACAGCUGCCAGCGGGCUCAGUGCAUGCUGGGAGUUGUAGUUUUGCAACAGCCGGAGAGCGCCGCAGGUUGGAGAUGAUUUUGUUUUUUUGUUUCCUUGACCACUAAUACAAUAAUAUAUUUUUAUUUCUUCCAUUAAAUGUAAUUGUCAUGAUG